AUGGCCCGAGCCGCCGCCGCCGCGCCCCUCCUCCCCUCCUCCUCAUCCUCCUCCUCGUUGACCACGGCCCCGCGCCCGCCGCCGCGCCUGACGCUGCUGGGCGACGCGCACCUCAAGAACGGCACGAUCGCGGUGCCGCUCCGAGGCGGGUUCUCAACGCAGUUCGCCUUCACGGUGGCCACGCUCAACCCGUCCUCGGUCGGCGGCGGGCUGGCGUUCGUGCUGGCCACCGACGGGGCCACGCUGGGCGACGCGGGCGCCUACAUCGGCGUGUCCGUCGCCACCGACGCCGCGGCCGUCGAGUUCGACACGCUCAUGGACGUCCAGUUCGGCGACCCCAACGGGAACCACGUCGGCCUGGAUCUCGGCUCCAUGGUCUCGGCAGCCGCAGCCGACCUCGGGGCCGACGACGCCGCCGGCGGCGGCGUCGACCUCGCCAGCGGGAGGACCGUCAACGCCUGGAUCGACUACCGGCCCGGCGACGGGAAAGGCGGCGGCAUCUUGGAGGUCUUCGUGUCCUACGCGCCCAAGCGCCCGCCCAGGCCCGUGCUGUCCGCGCCGCUCGACCUCGGGGAGCGCGUCAAGGACGCCGCGUUCGUCGGAUUCUCCGCCUCCACGCAGGGGAGCACGGAGGCGCACUCCAUCGAGUGGUGGAGCUUCUCCACCGCGUCGCCGGCACCGUCCCCGCGUUCCGUCGCGCCCCCCGCCGGAGUCCACCCCGGUGCUCCCGCCUCCCGUCGCCAGCCCGGUGCUCCCGUCGCCGCUGCUUCCGGGAGUGACGACGCCGACGCAGCAAGCUGCCACGACGGGUGCCGCCGCACCGGCCGGGCGGCCGUGGCCGGCGCCGCCACGGCGGGCGCCUUCGUGGCCGCGUCGUUCGCGGGCAUCGCGCUCUGGGCGCUGGCGCGCCGCGCCAGGGCCAGGAAGCGCGGCCAGACCGCGGUGGCGGUGGCCACCAAGCGCGACAGCAGCGUGGCGUCGGCGGCGGCGCUGGCGCGGUCCCCGCGGGAGUUCAGCUACAAGGAGCUGAGCGCCGCCACGCGGGGCUUCGCCGCGUCCCGCGUCAUCGGCAACGGAGCGUUCGGGACCGUGUACAAGGGCAUCGUCCCCGACACGGGAGCCAUGGUCGCCGUGAAGCGGUGCACGAACGCGCGCGGCGGCGGCAACGCGAGCGGCGAGCAGCAGGCGCGGUCGGAGUUCCUGUCGGAGCUGUCCAUCAUCGCGGGGCUCCGCCACCGGAACCUGCUCCGCCUGCAGGGGUGGUGCUACGAGAAAGGGGAGAUCCUGCUGGUCUACGACUACAUGCGCAACGGCAGCCUGGACAAGGCGCUGUUCGACGCCUCCUCCCCGGUGCUGCCGUGGCACCACCGGCGCGAGAUCCUGAUCGGCGUAGCGUCGGCGCUGGCGUACCUCCACCACGAGUGCGAGCGGCGCGUGAUCCACCGCGACGUCAAGUCCAGCAACGUGAUGCUGGACGAAGCCUACCGCGCCCGGCUGGGCGACUUCGGGCUGGCGCGGCAGGCGGAGCACGGCGAGUCCCCCGACGCAACGGCGGCGGCCGGCACGAUGGGGUACCUGGCGCCCGAGUACCUCCUGACGGGUCGCGCCACCGAGUGCACCGACGUGUUCAGCUUCGGCGCGCUCGCGCUGGAGGUGGCGUGCGGGCGACGGCCUAUCGGCGCGACAAAUGAUGCCGGCAGGUGCUGCAACAACCUGGUGGAGUGGGUGUGGAGCCUGCACGGGGAUGCGCGGCUGCUGGACGCCAUGGACCCGCGGCUGGGCGGGGAGUUCGACGAGAACGAGGCGCGGCGCGCGCUGCUGGUGGGGCUGGCGUGCUCCAGCCCGGAACCCGCGCUGCGGCCCGGGAUGCGCGGCGUGGUGCAGGUGCUGGGCGGCGAGGCGGACCCGCCGUUCGUCCCCGCGGUCAGGCCGUCCAUGAGCCUCGGCGGCAGCGCCAACAACCAGCAGCUGCUGCUCAGCCUGCAGGACAGCGUGUCGGACUACAACGCCUUGCUGCUGGGGCUCGCCGGCGUGUCGGACGACUCGUCGUCCGCCGACUCGCUCAGCUCGUCCUCGCUCACCAGCACGCUGCGCAGGGGCGGCCAUGACAUCGGGUUCAGCUGCACCGCCGGCGACGCCAGGUGA